AUGUUUACACAACACGACUUCAUUCCUGGUCAUGAUUCAUCGGAGGAGGCGAAUUUACUGAGUCACAGAGCCAUUUACCGGCCUGCAGUGGACAGCAACUCCUUAUUAGUAGACUAUUUGGAUUCUGGAAUUUAUAGUGACAGAAAAAAAAGCAGUUUUACUUUAAGCAACAGUAAUCCUCUGGACAUUAGGAAUAUUGGAUUUCCAUUCGAAUUGAACAAAUACAGAAGUGACUUGAUAUGUACACAACAGGCUCGCGUAUCAUUACGAGCUAGGGCACCAUGUGUAACUAUCGAAUGGUACCCUGGUGGAAGAAGAUUAGUUGUAGGUACUGUAGGUGGUGAGCUGACUCUUUGGAAUGGAACAUAUUUUUCAUUUGAGGAUCUUAAGAGUGUUCCGUCAGGUCAAGGAGCAGUUUUGGCCUUAAACUUUUCAAAGCAGGAUGACUUUAUUGCAUGCGGAGACGGAAGUGGAAAUAUAGUACUAUUAACCCCUUCUUUAGCACCAAUAGCAUCGUUCAGACAGUUUUUAGGCCAUGUUGUCAGAGAUGUCACAAUAUCUCCUACAGGAAACAAAGUGGUAGCAGCGGCUGAGAAUGUUCACCCUAUAAUUAUUGAUGUUGGCUCUCAAAAAAUUGAAAGUUCUCUAACUUCGAGAGGAUACGAUAUUACUUUUGCACAGUGGCAUCCAAUUAAAGGACUAAUUGCUACAGGGUCUCAGACCCAUCAGCUUCACCUUUGGGAUCCUAGAACAGCUAAUGCUAUUGGAACUAUUUUUGGCCAUAGGCAUACCGUCGUGCGAAUUAAAUGGAGUUCUUCAGGCAAAAUGCUUGCUUCUUCAGGAAAAGACGGUGCAUUGAAAAUUUGGGAUAUUAGACAAUUAUCAAAGCCAAUAACCACUUAUAAAACAAAAUGUGAUGCUGUGAGUAUAUCUUGGCAUCCAGAAGUUGAGUCUUUAAUGGCAGUUGGAUUUUUUGAUGGUGACAUUGCUUAUUAUAAUAUUGAUGUUAAUUUUGGAAAUCCACUUGGAUUAAUUCCCUCAGCACAUCAAGGAGCUGUUUGGGGAGUUGCAUGGCAUCCACUUGGGCAUUUGGUUGUUUCUAGUGGUCAAGACUCUAGGCUCAAAAUAUGGUCUAGGAAUUUGUGUGGGAGCCCUGGAACUAUAAAUGAGCAUGAAAUACUACCUCAAUUAUCGCUUCCACGGCAAAAUCCGACCAUGGCCAAAUGA